AUGUGUGAACCGCGUUUCGGCACGGGGGAAUACGAGAGCAAAGGCAAAGCCGUAUUGUGUCCAGAGCUUUGUGAAAAGUGGUUCAAUGCAUGCAAGGAAGAGUUUGUAUCCGCCUCCCCUUCGGGGAGCAGCAGCGCCCUGACCUUUUGCGAAGACAGCUCCCUUAUCUGCUCUCGGCUCUCCGCUACGUUGGGAGACAGUAUCUCAUUCUGCCGUCAGAUGGGCUAUGAGGUCCCAGAGGACGAUGGCGGAGUUUCUUUAGGAAGCUUUGGCCAGAGCAGACCUAGCUGCUUCAACGGCGUUCCAACGGCUUCAUUUGGUGCCGCGCCGAAGCGCUCGGAGGGCAGCGAGGGCUACAGGCGUAGGCGCGACUCGCAAGAUGAUUGGCAGGAGUGGUUUCGGGGGAUAGGGCUUGCAGUCUACGAGGUACUAUGCCGGCCGGAGGUCUGGCUCCUCUUGUUGGUGCUGGGCUUUUUGCUGAAUCAGUUGGUGCAGCAAGCUCGAGAUAUAAUGUUGACGCAGAUGCAAGAAGAGAAGCUGCAGCGCCGGCAACAGAUUCUACAGAGAUACGGCGUCGAAGAGGAGGAGGAAGAGAUUGAGACAGUUCCAGCUGCAGAUGAAAAGGAUAGUGCGACUCUACAUGACAGAAGGGAGGAAAAGACAGAGGGUAGUGAGUCGUCGCGAUGCUCUUCCCCAUACCGCAUGACUGCGAUGGAGGGCUCUUAA